AUGGAACAUCUCAUCGAACGCAAGAGGAGUAGUGUCCAAGGUCGCGAAGAAAGUCUCUCUGUCCUCUCACACCUCCUCAUGGCUCACUACGCCCAACGCCAUGUCCGUCCCAAGCUCAGCGAACUGGUCCCAGCUCUUCUCAAGUGUGCCAAAGGUGGCCAGUCCGACAAUGAGACCGCCCUAGCUCUCAAAGCUCUGAGUCUCCUGAUUAUCACCGAGCCCUCCGACUCGAUUUACGAUGCCAUGAUCCGUCCUUUGAAAGGUAUAAUUUCCUCUUCUGAGUCAUCCUCGGUCAUGGUCGCUGCCACUCAUACACUCGGCAUCGCUACAUUCUACGGUGGAGUUGGUCUGGACGAAACACAAGAAAUCAUGGAUUUCUACCUCGAGAUUAUCGAGUCUGAUGGUCACUCUGUCGAAGCGGCCGACGAUGGAAACGUUGUAGCCGCUGCUCUGCAGGAGUGGGGCUUCCUUGCCACACAAUUCGAAGGCAUGGAAGAUACGAGCGAAGAGCCAAUGGAAGCCUUCGUCGAGCAACUAGAGUCUAGCGACGCAAGUGUUGUUAUUGCUGCUGGCGAGAACAUCGCCCUCCUUUUCGAAAAGAGUUGGUCUGAGCUGGAAGAAGACGAGGAACCUGAACACCAAGACGACGAAGACGAUGAGGAAGAGGCAGACCCGACUGCCAAGGGCAUGAUCAAACGCUACACGGUAUGGCGCCAGGAGCAUCAACUCAAGCAUACACUCAGCGCUCUUGCUCAAGCACAUGGCAAACGCAUUUCAAGAAAGGACAAGAAGGAAUUGCACUCCAGCUUUGCCGAUAUUCUCAACACUGUCGAGCACCCGACAAGAGGCCCCCGCUACAGCAAUGCUAUCGACCAAUAUACUAACAAGGCAUAUGGUUCACGUAUGGUGAUCCAUAUUGGCAAAAACUCUAUGAGCAUCGACAAAUGGUGGAAGCUUCAUCGCCUACAGUCACUACGCCGUGCACUCCAGGGCGGCUUCAUCGUUCAUUAUGAGGACAACCAGGUCGUAUUUGACUCUUUGCCUGUCAUGCUAGACUAA